AUGGAUGCCUUUUUUGAGCGCGAGCCAAAAGGCAAGAGGCCUGAACCUGCUCGGCCCAAAUUGUCGCUUCAAGAGCCACAGCCGCCGCAGCAAGAGGAGGCUCAUGACGUGGAUCCGUUGGACGCGUUUAUGGCAGGGCUCAAUGAAACUCUUGUGAGGGAAAAGGCGGAGUUUGACGAGAAGCAGCGGAGGGAGGCGGCGGGCGAGGCGUUGCAGAUGGAGCAAGAGCGCUUUUUUGACGAUGAAGACAUCGCCGCGGACUCUAUGGAACAUUUGAACACACAGAAAGCCAUGGCUCAGGCGGAGGCCGCCAGGUCUAAGAGGAAGGCUCAACCACAGAGCAACAGCGCGGCUACAGAUGAUGAAGACGAGGCACGGGGGCGGGCCCUUCCGGUGGUGAACCACGAUAGGAUCCUCUAUCCAUCCUACACUGUUGACAUAUACGAAGAGCAUUCAGACGUCUCUUCCCUGAGUCUCGAGGCUGUCGCCUCGGUCCGCGACUCUUUACAGCUUCACACUACCGGGAAACAAGCGCCACGUCCGAUAGCCUCCUUUCUCCAUCUCAAGGGCUCGCUGCCCAAAGGCCUGUGGUCGGCCCUCCAGCGGCGUGACUAUCGUUUACCUACGGCAGUUCAGGCAGCGGCAAUUCCCGCGUUGCUGAGAGGGAGGGAUUGUUUGGCUAUGGCUCAGACAGGCAGCGGGAAAACAGUCGCUUAUCUUUUGCCUCUCCUAACCCGUGUCGUGCAUCUUAAGGAGAAAGACCACUGGGCUACUCGCCGUGCUGCAGAUUCAAGCAGUGAAGGUGCAGCGAAAAGGGAGCAAAGGACGGGACCUUCAGCCAUCAUUAUAUGCCCGACGAGAGAGCUGGCGGUACAGGUGGACGGUGAAGUUCACAGCUUUACUCGAGGCGGAACAGACCUUGAUGUGAGCCGCUUGUUGCUUGCUGGAGGCUUCGACAAGACGGAACAGUUUCGUUCUCUGCGCCGAGGGCCAGACGUGGUGGUGGGCAACCCCGGGCGGAUUAUAGAUGUGUGUAGCCUCAAGGGCCUAGGGGGCAUCUUUGAGAAAAUCGUCAUGGUGGUGGUGGAUGAGGCGGACAAAAUGGUGCAGAUGGGAUUUGAGGCACAGCUCAGGGAGGUCCUUUGUUCGAUAAGGCCAGACAGGAUCACCUGUAUGGUUAGCGCCACCAUGCCGCGCAAGUGCGAGGCCCUAGCCAACCGAUUCCUUCGCAACCCCAUUCGGAUUGUUGUAGGCGAGGGAGGACAGGCAGCGCAAUCGGUGCACCAGAGGGUGCAGAUAGUGGAUGGAGAGCCUGCAAAGUUCGACUGGCUUUCAAAGCACAUAUUGGGGCUACUUGCACUCUCUCAGAAGCCCGAGCAAAUGCAGCAACACCAACAGUCUGCACGGCCGCCUCCAGCAACUGUAGCUGCAGCAGCCUCUGCAGGAGGUGUCAUCUUCUGUAGCUCUCAGCAAAGAGUUGAGGAUUUGGCGUUUUUGCUGGACAAUGCUUUGGCGCAACAGGUAGAGAAUGAGGCGCUGACUGCAGCGGGACAAGGUGCACCAGGAACACCUGCACCAAUCGCUGUGGAUGCGGCUUCCCGUGCAGCAGCAGCUCGGCUUUUGAAAGGCGAUAGUUCGCAGGACCUGAAAAAGAACGCAAAUCAAACAUUCAAAUACGUGGCUAUCCUCCACGGUGGGAUGCAACAGGGCGAGCGGCUUGCCGUGAUGCGACGCAUGCAGCAUCACUUCUUAGAUUCCCCUGGAUCUGUGCAGAGUCCCCUGGUAUUGGUAGCAACAGACGUUGCAGCCAGAGGGCUCGACUUCCCUCCGGCGCUGUCUCUGGUUGUCUGCUACGACGCCCCAAAUGAUCCCGAAGUGUACGUACACCGUGUAGGACGUGCUGGCAGAGCUGGACAUGUGGGCCUUGCGUGCUCGCUAUUCACGAAACAAGAAAAGCGCCAAGCGGCGUUUGUUGUCGAGAAAAUGGAGGCGUCAGGCCAGACCGUUCCCCGCUCUUUACUCGAGUUCGCCAUGCAAUUCCCCCCAUUUAGGGAGGCACGGCUGUCCGGCUUACGUGUCGUUUGGCAAGGAGGAAAGGCGGGCAGGGAGCUUCGUCAUCAGCAGAAUACUUCCUUCGGAGGCCUCGGAUUUGACACUGGUUGUCAGGUGGAGGGUCUAGGUGGUUCAAUUGCAUCCAACGCGCCCACUCUGGCAGAGGCUGCAGCUGCCGCGGCUGCUGCAGCAGCCGCAGCAGCUGCAUCUCGACAGGCCACUGGAAGCACAUCAACCACAGAGGCUACCGACUCAUCUGCUCCCUACAGCAAUGAUUCGGAGUCUUUGAAUGGCCCUUGCAGCAAGAGAGGUCGAUGGGAUAGCAAAGAACAAAACAGCUCGAGCAAUAGCUCAGGGAGCGACGGAGCGGGCAUGGCAUCGGCGAACGCAGAGGGGAGAAGAGCCACCCUUAACUUUGCCAAGCGGGAGCAGCGAAGGCAACAGUGGCUUUCGACUCUCGAGGCCCGUCGUGAUCAGCGGCAGCAACAGGAACAUCAGCAGCGACACCGUAACCGCCGGGAAAGGAGUCCUUCCCCCCCUCGUCGCGCCUUCACAGAGCGGCCCCGCCAAGCUUCUUCUCUGGGCUCUGGAGAAGCCUAG